AUGGUUGUGGCUCCAUUGUUGCGCCUCCCCCAGCCGGGGCUACGGUGUAUGGGUUCAACGCUCUAUAAGAGCCAGGCCAGUCCCAUGAAGAGCCGCAUCUACUCGCAAAUUUGUCGACUCGGAGGUCAAACAGCUCCAUGCUUUUCAACUUCGGUUUCCAGAUGGCAGACGGAAACUUUGGACCGAACACGCAACAUUGGAAUCAUCGCCCAUAUUGAUGCUGGCAAGACCACCACGACGGAGCGCAUGCUAUUCUAUAGCGGCUUCACCCGGCGCAUUGGAGACGUGGAUGAAGGCUCUACGGUGACUGAUUUCUUACCCGCCGAACGUGCGCGUGGCAUCACUAUUCAGUCAGCUGCUAUCACUUUCCAUUGGCCUCCUGGCGACGGGGCAGAAAGUCAACCCCUUGAACGAGAUCCUUCGGUGCCAAAGUCGACAGUGUCACAUACGAUCAAUUUAAUUGACACACCGGGCCAUGCUGACUUUACAUUCGAGGUCCUCCGGUCCUUGCGCAUUCUUGACGGCGCUGUCUGUAUCCUGGACGGCGUGGCUGGUGUCGAGGCGCAGACGGAGCAGGUCUGGAAUCAAGCGAGCACGUAUAAGAUCCCACGGGUGAUUUACGUGAACAAGCUGGACCGUGACGGUGCCGCUUUUGGCCGAACAGUCCGAGAAGUUAGUUCUCGCCUCGCUGUUUAUCCAGCAGUGUGCCAAAUCCCGUGGUUUGAAGGCGGCAACGGCGCUUUCGUUGGCGUGGCAGAUGCCAUCAAUCUCCAGGGACUACGAUGGAAGGAGGGUGAAGACGGUCGCAGCGUCAAGAUGAUGGACCUCGAGCAACUGGAUGCCGAAGAGAGUUCCUUGGCACAGGAACUCCGCCGUGCGCGUAUUGCAUUGGUUGAGUUGCUGAGCGAACAAGACGAAGCCAUUGUGGAGAAAUUCUUCGAGUGUGACGAAGACCAUCUGGCCGUUCCUCCCAUGGAUAUUAUCGACAGUCUUCGACGAUGUGUCCUCGACCAAUCAAGCAGGAUUGUGCCCGUCUUUGCAGGUGCCAGCUUCCGCAAUAUGGGCGUUCAGCCGUUGAUGGAUGCCGUGGUAAACCUUCUUCCCAGUCCACCCGAAGCUCCCGACCCGGAAGUGAGCAUUGGUGGUGUAAAGGGAGGACUGAGACGAUUACUCUCGGGUGACCUGAUCGUGGAGCAGAAUGAGAAGGCAUCUGCCCCGGUGAAAGGCAAGAAAAAGAAGAAGGCUGCGUUGCAGGCGGACCCUAAAGACGCCAUCUCCAAACUCCAAAGCUGUGCACUUGCCUUCAAGGUGGUCAAUGAUCCCAAACGUGGUGUAUUGGUCUAUGUUCGAGUAUACUCUGGCUCUCUGGAUCGCAACAGUCUCCUUUUCAACACCAAUCUACACCUCUCAGAGCGAGCACCGCGAUUGCUGAAGAUGUACGCCAACGACGCCGUUGAAGUCGACUCUAUUCCGGCUGGCCACAUUGGCGUUGUUGUCGGACUCAAGCAUGCCCGCACUGGCGAUACCCUGCUGUCAUAUGCCGGCAAUAAGCCCACGCCACCAGAGCCGUUGACCAGCCUUCAGCUCCGCCCAAUCGACGUACCUCCCCCGGUAUUCUUCACCAGUGUCGAGCCACAUAGUCUUAGCGAGGAGAAGCGUAUGCAAGAGUCCCUCGGACUACUCCUACGAGAGGAUCCCAGUCUCCACGUCAGCGUCGACGAAGAAUCCGGACAGACACUUCUCAGCGGCAUGGGCGAACUGCACCUCGAAAUUGCCCGCGACCGCCUGAUCAACGACCACAAAGCCAAAGCUUCCAUGGGCCGCAUCGAAAUCGGAUAUCGUGAAUCAGGUCUCGGCACCUCAAACGCCAUCACCAAGAUCUUCGACAAAGAAGUCGCCGGCCGCCGCGGCAAGGCAGGCUGCACCGCAAUCGUAGAACCCAUCGACGAAACAGACGUCUCCGACCUCGCAGACGAGGACACCCUCCUUGCCGAGACAAUCGAGGGUAAUCAAAUCAUCAUUCGCGCCCCAGGUCUCCAAGUCGACCGCUCUUCCAGAAACGACGAAGAAACAAGCCCCCUCCUCCCACCAGGUCUGGACCCAUCUUCUCUCCGCGCCGCCCUUCAAAACGGUGCGCUGGCAGCGCUCGCCCGCGGUCCUCAAUUCACCUUCCCAAUGCACAAUACCCGUGUCACACUCACCCUCAACGCCGAAGAGCACCUCUUCGGCAACGAUACAACCACCUCAGCCCUCUCAUCUGCUGCCCGUCAAGCUACAUCCGCCGCGUUACGGGACCUCCUCACCGGACCCGGCACCGUCAUGAUGGAACCAGUCAUGAACGUAAUCAUCAGCGUCGACGAAGCAUCCCUCGGUUCCGUCGUGCAUGAUAUCUCCUCUUCACGGGGUGGCCAUAUCCUCUCCCUCGACGAGGAAGUCCCAUCAUCAGCAACUGAUGCCUCCGGGUCCCCCGCAGAAGAUAAUCGACCCCCCAUCGACCCCAAGCGCGUCUACGCACCGCCCGAUCCAUUCGAGACUCCAUCCGUCGGUGCGGAAGUACCGGUGUCCGCGUCUCGUCCUCGCACUAUCACUGCUAAGGUGCCCUUGAAGGAGAUGGUUGGGUAUUUGAAACAUCUGCGCAGUUUGACGGCUGGUCGGGGGACGUUUGUUAUGAGCGUGGAUCGGUUUGAGAAUAUGUCUGCGCAGAGACAGAAGGCUGUGCUUGCUGAGUUGAGGGGUGGGUUUUAA